UGAUGACGUCACCCGGACGUUAGCGUCCCGGAAGAGCGGAAGCCGUGCUAAUUGUUUGGAAGUUGUUCACGAGCUGCUUUUGACUCUCCCGCCAUCUCUAACUCCAGCCCCUCCGCGCUUCUCCGCGCAAUUUUGCUUAACCCUUCUAAUGGGCUUCGCUUAGGGCAGGAAGGCCCCGAGGUUAGGCGGGCCCCGGUUUGAGAAAGCUGCCAGGCGCGGGCCCCGCCGCUUUCCGUCCUUCCUCUUUAUAAGGGGACCCCCGCCCGCCGGGGCCGGCAUGUCCACCCCGCCCUUAGCCGGGGCCGGGAUGCCUCCCGGAGCCUUCACGGGCCCCCAGGCGCAGGCUGCCCGCGAGGUGAACACGGCGUCCCUCUGCCGCAUCGGCCAGGAAACCGUGCAGGACAUCGUGUAUCGCACCAUGGAGAUCUUCCAGCUGCUCAGGAACAUGCAGUUACCAAAUGGUGUCACUUAUCACACUGGAACAUAUCAGGACAGGUUAGGCAAACUUCAAGAUCAUCUCCGUCAACUCUCCAUCCUCUUUCGGAAACUAAGAUUAGUUUAUGAUAAAUGCAAUGAAAACUGUGCAGGAUUGGAUCCUAUCCCAAUAGAGCAACUUAUUCCUUAUGUGGAAGAAGAUGGCUCAAAGAAUGAUGACCGGGGUGCUUCUGGCCAACUUCGUUUUGCUAGUGAAGAAAGAACAGAAAUAGCAGAAGUAAAUAAAAAACUCAAACAGAAGAAUCAACAGCUGAAACAAAUUAUGGACCAAUUACGGAAUCUCAUCUGGGACAUAAAUGCCAUGUUGGCAAUGAGGAAUUGAACUGAUUCUUAAAUUUGUAUGAGUUACAUAUUUAUGACUUACAUAACUAUUUUGUUCUCUUUGGUUUUAAUUUCUUUCUUUUUUUUUUAAACAGUAGCUUAUUUACAACUUCAUCCCACUAUUGCAAAAAUUAAUUUAAAUUAUUGUAUCAUCUCAGCUAUGCAUUAAAUAUUUGCUUUAUAGGUAAGAUAUCACUGUAACAUCUCUCUGUUAAGUAAAAAAAAACUUGUUGGCAGCUCUUAACUUUUGUUAGUUUUCUGAUUCAGCAAUUAUGUAAAAAGAUAUGAAUCCAUUUUUAUCAUUAAAUUUAUUUUUCUUGAAUUGUU